AGCAUAAAAUAAAAACAAACCGUUAUAGUCACAGGGGUUUUGUUUUGUUUUUGUUUUGUUUUUGUUUUUGUUUUUCCCCUUAACUGAGUUUGAGCAAACUUCAGACCCAGACUCAGGACUCAACGGUAUAUUCCUGGACAGCAAGGUAUGAUAAUGGCAACCUCAGUCUCUUUCAUCGUCUGGGUGUUAUUCAUAACAGAUACUGUAUGGACUCGAAGUGUAAGACAGGUCUAUGACGUCAGUGAACCAGAGGAUUGGGCUGUGCAUGACUUUGACUGUCCCAGGGAGUGCUUCUGUCCCCCUAGUUUCCCUACCGCUUUAUACUGUGAAAAUCGAGGUCUCAAAGAAAUCCCUCCUAUUCCUUCAAGGAUCUGGUAUCUUUAUCUUGAGAACAACUUGAUAGAGACCAUCCCUGAGAAGCCAUUCGAGAAUGCCACCCAGCUGAGAUGGAUAAAUCUAAACAAGAACAAAAUCACCAACUAUGGAAUUGAAAAAGGAGCCCUGAGCCAACUAAAGAAGCUGCUUUUCUUGUUUCUCGAAGAUAAUGAGCUAGAGGAGGUGCCUUCUCCAUUGCCAAGAAGUCUAGAACAAUUACAAUUGGCCAGAAACAAGGUGUCCAGAAUUCCUCAGGGGACCUUCAGCAAUCUGGAGAACCUGACCCUUCUUGACCUGCAGCACAAUAAACUACUAGACAAUGCCUUUCAGAGAGACACCUUCAAGGGACUCAAGAACCUCAUGCAGCUGAAUAUGGCCAAGAAUGCCCUGAGGAAUAUGCCACCAAGAUUACCAGCCAACACAAUGCAACUGUUUUUGGACAACAAUUCCAUUGAAGGAAUACCGGAAAAUUAUUUUAAUGUGAUUCCCAAAGUGGCCUUUCUGCGACUGAACCACAACAAAUUAUCAGACGCAGGGCUCCCUUCGAGUGGUUUUGAUGUAUCCUCAAUUCUAGAUCUUCAGCUGUCUCACAAUCAACUCACAAAGGUCCCCCGAAUCAGUGCUCAUCUGCAGCACCUUCACCUUGAUCACAACAAAAUUAAAAAUGUGAACGUCUCUGUAAUAUGUCCUCCCACACUGCCUGCAGAACAAGACUCCUUCGGUUACGGACCUCACCUUCGCUACCUCCGUCUGGAUGGAAAUGAAAUCAAACCACCAAUUCCAAUGGAUUUAAUGAACUGCUUCAGGCUCCUUCAGGCUGUCAUUAUUUAAACACAUCCUCAACAUCUGAAGUCUGUUUUAAUGAGCUAAUAUUUCUGAAAUGAAAUUUGGCUACCAUUCAUAACUUUAAGACAAAAGUCACAUUUCCAGUUGCUCUUGGCCACCGCUUUUGUUUGUAUAGCUUAUGUUUUCUAUUCAAAGAUGCUUUCACCAAUGAUAUGUAGCACGGUUGGCUUUUCUUUAAUUAAUAAAACAGACACAGAGUUCAGAUAGUUUAUCAACUCAAAGAUAGUUCUUUUUUGUCUCUUCCACAGCUUACUAAUAUCAAAUAAUGCAAUUGUAUUGUUAUGCAUUAUAAAAGACAUUUGUUUGCAUAUGUUCAAAAUUGCUUAUGCAGGUAUUAUAUUGAUAGUAGAAAUACAGUAAUCUAACAGGAGGUAAAGAGAUCUGAAAAAAUGAAAAAAAUGAAAUAUUUCUUCAUCAUAAUUAAUUUCAGAUGGCUAAGUUGCAUUUGUAAGUAUAAGUGUGGUAUUUAGCUCAAGAAUGGAUAUAAAAUGUAUUAAAUACUUCAUGAAAGGAGACUUUUAGUCAUUUAGUACUGAAUAACAGAAAAACAGUAAUCUUCAGUUCAUUACUAUUUUUAAUAGCUGUUGUUCUUAAUAUAGUACAGUGUACUCUAUCAA